CUUGCCGCUCAAACUGUGCUCACAGUGCAGGAAACAUUUACGCGCAGAAAUAAUGGACAUCAAUCCUGGUUACUGCGCUUUACUUUAACAUCAUAUACCACCAACUUAUUGAGUCAAAAAAUAAACAAAAAUGUGGACAGUUCCGAAACCAAAAUAUCGAAGAGGUUCGUGCACCGAGGGGGAGAUUGCUGUGAACAUUGGCGGAGUCCGGGUGGAGCUUUUUGGGGAUGUUUUGAACCGAUACCCUGAGAGCAGACUGGCGGAGUUGUUGACCUGCUCCACCCAGGACCAAGAAGUCAUAUCGUCGCUUUGUGAUGACUUCGAUCCGGGCAGAAAGGAGUUUUACUUCGACCGAGAUCCUGAUGCAUUCAAGUGCAUCAUCGACGUCUACUACUUUGAUGAAAUCCACAUCAAACCCGGCAUCUGCCCCAUCUGUUUCAUCAAGGAGAUGGAGUUCUGGAAAAUAGACCAAAGCGUUUUGGAUGAAUGUUGCAAAAGUUACCUAAGUGAGAAGGAGGAGGAGCUGACAGAGAUCGCGAACAAAGUGAAAGUGAUUCUGGAGGACCUGGAGGAGGAUCGGUGCAUUACGCGCACCCAGCGGUGCCAGAGGUUUUUAUGGAGACUGAUGGAGAAACCGGGGUCCUCUCUUCCGGCGCGCGUCAUUGCCAUUACAUCCUUCCUGUCUGUCGUGGUUUCGGCAUUGGUUAUGUGCAUAGGCACCAUCCCGGAGCUACAGCUGAUGGACGCUGAGGACAAACUGGUGGAGCACCCGAUCCUGGUGGGGAUCGACACCGCUUGCAUGUUAUGGUUCACCGCUGAGUACCUGCUGCGUCUUGCCUCCUCUCCGAACAAGCUGAACUUCGCGCUCUCCUUCAUGAACGUCAUAGACUUUUUGGCCAUCAUGCCUUUCUACGUUGUCCUGACCCUCACAUCCCUCGGCACCGCAUCCAUGAUGGAGCUGGCUAACGUCCAACAGGCGGUGCAGGCGCUGCGCAUCAUGCGUAUCGCGCGUAUUUUCAAGCUGGCUCGCCACUCCUCCGGGCUGCAGACUCUGACCUACGCGCUCAAGAAUAGCCUGAAGGAGCUGGGGCUUCUCCUUAUGUACAUGGGGGUGGGCAUCUUUGUGUUCUCAGCGCUGGCCUACACCAUGGAGCAAAGCCACCCAGAGACGCUUUUCAGCAGCAUCCCUCAGUCUUUCUGGUGGGCCAUCAUCACCAUGACCACGGUGGGCUACGGAGACAUCUACCCAAAAACCACGCUGGGCAGGUGCAAUGCAGCCGUGAGCUUUCUGUGUGGAGUCAUAGCCAUCGCUUUGCCCAUCCACCCCAUCAUCAAUAACUUCGUGGUGUUUUACAACAAGCAGAAAGUGUUGGAGACUGCAGCAAAGCACGAGGUGGAGCUGAUGGAGCUCAAGAAUUCUGGCCUGCGCAGAAAAAGCAGGAAUUAGAGGCUCUAAAACUAUUUUUUCCCUAAGGGGGCCCUUUUUCCGUCAUUGGGUAAACUGAUGACCCCUGUGACAUAUACAAUACAUAUUUUGUAUAAUAUUCAACAUCAUUAUAGAAUAAGGAUAAAAUGUCCAGUUAAUACAAAUAAUGAAACUAAAACUGCAGGAACUUUGUGUAAAAUUAGUGAUUUUGGGAAUGUUGAUUAUUUCCUGUGAAUGUUGAACCAGACAUGAGGUUUCCUGUUAUUUUUACAAACUUUCAAACAUCUCUUUGUCUGUAUUACGUUUGUUGUACCUGUAUACUUUUUAUAUGAACAACAAGAGUGUUUACCCAAGAGAGAAUAGUUUUUGUUCAGGUUUUCACUUGCCCAUAUCUUGUUUUAGCUUAUCAAAUAAUUAAAACUUCAAAAAGAUAACCAUUUAAUAAAAAUUGUAUAAACGAAAGCCAAUGCAAUCAUGAGAUACAAGCCAACUGUAUAUAUUAAAAACAUUUUUUUAAAAUAAGUUGUUGUACACUUCUUAAAGUCAAGAAGGCGUUGUGCCCCGCGGGAUGCUUUGCCGACCCCUAUAGUGGGAAUGAGAAUAAGAGACUGUGGAGGCAGCAAAGACUUUCCAAGGAAUAAAUGAUAAAUACACUGUACAGCACUUUAUCAGGUCUUUUCAACUCCUCAAAGCGCUUUACAUACUACAAAUCAUUCAACCACCUCAUUCAUGCAGAGCAUUAACACUUGCUCUAGGGAAGCUAACAUUCAUACACAUUCACUAAGACUUGUUAUGGUCCUAUGAUGUUUCUGCUUUGGCUGUCACACGUGCUGCUUAUCCCAUGAUGCAGUAUUUUUCAAUCCAUGAUUUUGUUAUUGCAAAUGCUGUUGUUAUUAUUGUGUUAAAAGUUGUGCAUGAAUAAACUCUUUACAUAUUCACACUGGUGCAUAACAAAUCAUUCAAGCAUCACCUGUUACCUAUACUCAUGGACAAGGUGGCACAAAUGUAUGAUAAGUAAAACAGAAUUCUUUGGAGGGAAGUACAACUGAGAAAUUGAUCUUGUUGAUAUGUUACAUAUUUGGUUUCAGUGCCUUGGUGACACAUGUAUCAGUCAGGGACUUGGAAAGGAGCAUUGUGGGGGGAUUUAUAGCUGCUAUCAUUUUAAGAAAUGCCUGUUGGAAGAAUGAUAUAUGCUGAAAUAUGACUAAAGCUGAGUUAUAAAUGGCCGCCCCCAGAAAACAAGCGUGUGAUUAAUGUCAUAAAUCAGAUCAUGCUGUAAAAAGAUGUAUUUUGUGUUACUUUAUGGUUGAUCCCACUGACCAGUGAGAAGAUGUGAUUUUGAAUUCCCUUGGGACAGAAAGGGAAAGAUGGUGGGAACAUUUAUAAACUAUGCUUUUAAUUUAUCCAAGGCAAUAAGCAAACAUUUCGUUACAAAAAAACAAACAAUCUAUAUCUGAUAUUCAAGCUUUGUGAACACAAUGCCUCCCUAAAUGUUCACAAGUUGCAUUCGCAAAAAGA